AUGUACAAUAACUAUAAUAUUACUGACCAACAAACUAUUAACAUGUAUAGCAAAAUCAUCGAAGAUGUUACAGAAUCUAUGCGCGACUUAUGGAGAAACAGUGGAAAUGAUCCAAGACUUUUAGACAAAUUUAGAGAUAAUUGGGCUUAUGAAACAAUGAAAUCAAUCAACAUUAACAUGGCCAAGCCCGAAAGUUUUAUUUCCACCAGCAAUAAUUCGGAAAUUAAGACGUUAGACCAAAUUUUGGUUGAUUUUCAACUUCCUUUCCAAGCAGUACCACAGGCUCCACCACAAGAGAAUAAAGAAGAAGAGGAAGAAAAAGCCGAUGAUGACGAUGGAUUUGAAGACGUAGAUGAUGGAGAAAAUGCAGAUGCUCAAAAGAAGAGCGCUUCUGAGUCAAGCUCUUCUGAUUCAGACUCAUCAACCGAAUCAGAUCACGAAUUUGAUGAUGAUCCAGAAAUUAAGGAAUUACUUACGCAAAUUGAAACAGAUUCUCAAUUACUUUGCCAUUACAGAAGUACUAAGGAUAAAGGUAAAAAGCAUAUCCAAGAAUUUGAGCUCUCACAUAUCCAUUUAACUCAUAAUGGACAACCUUUAUUCAUUUCUCAUGGUACAAUGUCUUGCCCGAACAAUAAGGCAAGGUUCUCAUAA